UGUUUUUUCUGCACUCACUUUUUUUUUCUGCACUCAUUUCUUUUCUGCACUCUGUUUCUCAAUCCAAGCAAGGGCAAUGGAACAGCCUCAAUCAAAGCCCGAAACUAUCCCUGCUUCGGCUCUGGUUGUGGCUGAGGUGGCUCCGGUUGUGGAUGAGGUGGCUCCGGUUGUGGAUGAAGUGCCCUCAGACGAUGCCGUUGCAAAGGAAGCUUCUGGAGCAGAGGAGUCCAAUGAUGUCCUUGUUAAACCUGAGAACACAGUAGUUGCAAACAAACCAAGCUGGAGAAGGUCUCUCGACAGAGAUAUCGCUCUGGCAGAAGUAGUGAGAGAUAAAAAGUUGUCCUAUGUGAAGGCUUGGGAAGAUAGUGAAAAGACCAAAGCAGAUAACAGAGCUGAAAAACAUCUCUCAGCAAUUGCCGCUUGGGAAAACAAAAAGAAGGCAGCUCUUGAAGCUGAGUUGAAAAAAAUAGAGGAACAACUGGAGAAAAAGAAAGCAGAGCAAAGUGAAAAGAUGAAAAACAAGAUGGCUUUACUUCACAGGGCAGCAGAGGAGAAGAGGGCAGUAAUUGAAGCCAGGCGCGGAGAAGACAUUCUUAAGACAGAGGAAAUGGCUGCAAGAUACCGUGCAACAGGAACAACUCCAAAGAAGACCAUGGGCUGCUUUUAAUUUAUCUUUUUGCCUUUUGGUCUGAUGAGAUUUGUUAUAGUUUCACCUCUCUUUGUUCUCAAUGAUUGUUCCAAAGAGAAAAAGAAAAACAAAGUUUUGUAAAUGCCUCUUGUUUUUUUCAUCUUGCUUGGGGUGAAAUGUUCAAUGUAAUGCUCUUUUUCUCUUGAGAGAACUUCUCUACUUAUCAAGUAAUUCAGUUUCUCUGUUCAUUCUUUUCUA